UCCCGCUUCUUCUCGCGAGAUCGGCGGGGCCGGUGUCAUGGCGGCGGCGGCGGAGGAGCCGGAGGUGGAUAUCGAAGGGGACCCGGCGGCCGUGCCCGGAGAGGCGGUGCCGGGAGAUCGUGAAAACACAGCUUCAAGCUUGCUGCAGGAUCACUAUCUUUAUUCAUCUUGGAGAACUGACAACAGUCUCCCAUGGACGUUGGACAGCAGCAUUAGUGAAGAAAACAGGGCUGUCAUUGAGAAAAUGUUGCUGGAAGAAGAAUAUUAUUUAUCUAAUAAAUCACUUUCUGAAAAAAUAUGGCUCAAUCAAAAGGAAGCAGAGAAAAGAUCUAUGAAAAGCCCACAUAAGAAAACUGGAAAAGUCAUGGUGCGAUCACCUACAAAAUCAGCUAGCUACUCAUUAAAGUGGACAUCAGAAGAAAAAGAACUGUUUGAACAAGGACUGAUGAAAUUUGGCCGCCGGUGGACGAAAAUUGCCAAGUUGAUUGGAAGUCGUACUGUUCUACAAGUAAAGAGCUAUGCUCGGCAGUAUUUUAAGAACAAGGCAAAAAAUGGUGAUUCUGAAAAAGAAGAGCAAAGUCAGUGUGGGAGCAGUCUUCCCACUGAAGAUGGGAUAAGGGUAGAAGCGUGGUCGUCUGGAAACUUGAGAGGCCGUGCAGAUCCCAAUCUGAAUGCAGUGAAAAUUGAAAAGCUAUCAGAUGAUGAAGAAGUAGAUAUAACUGAUGACAUGGAUGAACUACUUUCUCCUACCUUCCAGCAAGAAACUGGAAAAUCUGCAUUAUCUGUUAUUUCAAAAAGUCCAGUUGAAGAAAGGAAGGGAAUGGAACAUGGUUUUUCAUCUGUUGGACACAGUUCUGCAAUUUCUUUAGCUAAAGAGGAUCUUCAACAUACCAAGCAAGAUACAGUGGAUGCAUUAGUAUUUCCAGGUGUUGCAGCAACAUGUUCUCAGCACCUGAACGGUGGCAAAUCUGUGAACUUAGAUUACCAGCAAUACAAUAAUACUGUUGAGAAAGCUGAACAAGGCAGACUAGUAACGUCUAGUGGUACUAAACGAGUAACUGAUCAGGAGCGUAAUGAGGAACAGAGAGACCUGGCUGAUAAUGGAUUGCUUUUUCCUUCCCCCUGCCAAGUGGAUGAAGAUCAUCAAGAAGAAGCAGAGGAUCUUAAGCCACCUGAUCAAGAAGCAGAGGUUGACAGAAGCAUCAUUCUGGAAGAAGAAAAGCAAGCUAUUCCUGAAUUUUUUGAAGGGCGCCAGGCCAAAACACCAGAGCGUUAUUUGAAAAUUAGGAAUUAUAUUUUGGAUCAAUGGGAGAGAUGUAAACCCAAAUACCUGAAUAAGACUUCGGUACGUCCAGGCCUUAAGAACUGCGGUGAUGUUAACUGCAUUGGACGGAUCCACACAUACUUGGAACUAAUAGGAGCAAUUAACUUUGGCUGUGAACAGGCUGUCUAUAACCGACCGCAGCCAGCUGAUAAAACACGGUCCAAAGAAGGCAAAGACACAGUGGAAGCAUACCAGCUUGCUCAGCGCUUGCAGUCCAUGCGUACAAGAAGACGGCGAGUGCGAGACCCUUGGGGAAACUGGUGUGAUGCAAAGGAUUUGGAAGGACAGACAUUUGAGCAUCUGUCUGCUGAAGAAUUAGCAAGAAGAAGAGAGGAAGAAAAACUGAAACCUGCAAAAUCUUCUAAAGGUUCAAGACAAAUAAAAAGUUCCUUUGAUCCCUUUCAGCUGAUACCGUGCUGUUUAUUCACUGAAGAAAAACAGGAACCUUUUCAGGUGAAAGUGUCUUCUGAAGCACUUUUAAUCAUGGAUUUGCACUCUCAUGUGUCUAUGGCAGAAGUAAUAGGGCUGCUAGGUGGAAGAUACUCUGAAGCUGAUAAAAUUGUAGAAGUUUGUGCAGCAGAGCCGUGCAAUAGUCUCAGUACAGGCCUGCAGUGCGAGAUGGAUCCAGUAUCUCAGACGCAGGCCUCGGAAACGCUGGCCGCCAGAGGAUACAGUGUUAUUGGGUGGUACCAUUCCCACCCGGCCUUUGACCCCAACCCCUCAAUAAGAGAUAUUGACACGCAGGCUAAAUACCAGAGUUAUUUCUCCAGGGGUGGUGCCAUGUUCAUUGGAAUGAUUAUAAGUCCUUACAACCGAAAUAAUCCUCUUCCAUAUUCUCAGAUUACUUGUCUAGUAAUUAGCGAUGAGAUCAGUUCUGAUGGUUCCUACCGCCUGCCCUACAAAUUUGAAGUACAGCAGAUGUUGGAGGAACCUCAGUGGGAAUUAAUAUUUGAAAAAACGCGAUGGAUAAUUGAAAAAUACAGAUUCUGCCAUAGCAGUGUCCCCAUGGAUAAAAUUUUUCAUAGAGAUUCUGACCUGACUUGUUUGCAGAAACUUUUGGAGUGCAUGAGGAAGACUUUGGUCAAGGUAACAAACUGCUUCAUUGCUGAAGAGUUCUUAACUCAGAUUGAAAACUUAUUCCUUUCCACAUACAAGAGUGAGAAAAAGAGUGGUGCUGAAGAAACUGAGAAUGAAUGUUCAAAUGAAUUGCCAAUGUGAUGGCUUUAACAAGACAAAAUUAUGGAAUUUUGAUUUUAUUUUUUCAUUUUCUUCUCUUCUUCCCCAUUAUGUCAAGUCUUUCAGAAUUAUUAUCCGUUUUAAUGGUAACUGUUACAGAAUCUAUGGUCAUCUUAUUGUUACGGUUUAAAUACACUUUGAAAAACUCCUAAUGUGUGUGACCUGACUACACGAGGAAUGCUGACUGCUAACAUUUUGUAAAAAAAUGAGUGCCACAGAAUUAAUUGAUUGACCAACAGCCUGCCAUUUGGGAAGAAGGACCACCUGGCAAGAAUACUGUGCUUCAGUCUUCAAGGAGAGUUUGUCCUCUCUCAAGUCUUUCACUUUGGGAAUUUUCUCUUUUUUUUUUUUUUUUUUUUUUUUUUUUUUUUAACCAGUACACAUCUAACUUGGAAUGAACUUGUUCCUUGAUGCUUUAGAGAUUGUAAGUUUGAAUGAAUUCACAAAAGAGAAACUUAACUGAAAUGAAAAUUUUGUAGCUCAUUGACUUCAAACUUUCCUGAUACCCAGUCUAAAGUUUUAUUCAGUUGUAGUUUAAUAUGUCAUUUGAUUUUUAUUCCCUGCCCAUUGAUCCCUGUGGUCAAGUAGCUUUUUGGCAUGUUCUUUGCCAUCUUGCUUCUAUAUUGGGGAGAAAAAGCUGGCAAGUUUUCAUGACUUCUCAGCAGUGGUUGUGCUUGUUUCCAGUGGAAAUGGUAACUCCUGUCUUAUUACAGGUUGCAGUCUUUCUGAUCUUCCGUUCUACGGGGAGAUGUUACGUUGUUCCGCCAGAUCAUUGUGAUUUGUCCACUUCUAAUUGCCACUGUUUCCUGUGGAAACAAGAGCUCUUGAUGAUGGCAAACUGAGUGCAACAAGCAGAAAAGUAUUUGUCUUUAAAGAAAAAAACCAAACCCACCAAUUUUUAUAUCCAGAGUCUUCUCUAUAAUGUGCAGUUCAAUAAGAAAACAUACUGGUUUCUAUCAGUUCUUCAGUUAUAGUUUCAUGCAAGUCUAUAUUCAGAUAACUUAGUCAUAAACAGAUUGAUCUUGAUUGAGAAGUUUCUUGAUUGCAACUUGGAAAUGUUUCAAGAGCUAUAUCACUGUGAAUCUUUAUAGAAAAAAUGUGUUUUAAAUUUUGCUUUCUAAUUCAUGAGGAAACUUGACUCAUAUACAGUUAUUACUAUUUACACAGAUUUAUCUUGGGCAAAGUUCCUCAGAGAGGUCUAAAAUGUAUUUGAGAACAUGAAGCAAGCAAGACCUUGAGUUUACAUCUAGAGGGGUGACAAUGGACUUGAUUCUUAUUUAAAAAAAAAAAAAUCUGUAUAUAUCUAGUUCUACAUAACAUAAAUGGAAUUUCAAGAUUUUAUAUGUUUACAUUUUUAACUUCAGCUUUUCAUUUGUAUAAAGAGUUUGAAAAGCUUUAAAAUAGUAGAGUUGCAUCCCACGGAGGGAACCCCUUUGCAGGAGGUUAACAUUACUUUUUUUUAUAACACCUUGUAAAAUGUUAGUCUCUUUCUGUUACUAAGUGGAAGGUGCAGAACCUGAUUGUAUGAAAACGUGAGCCCUUGAUACUCAGUGAUUCUCCCAAUGCAGAUGCAAGAGCUGUGGACUUAAAAAUAUCGGUGAAUGUUCUGUGCUCUCUUCUAUGUUCAGAUCUGCUGGUGCGCAACUUUAGAUCCCACUACUAUGUAUAAUUUACAUACUUGGUGUAUCCAUCUCUAUAAGGCAUGCUGACUCAGUCUGCAUAUAUUCUAAAACGUCAUCUUUGGGACUUCCUAAUUAAAAAUAUUGCAUGGUUUUCUGUAUUUCUAGUUUGAACUACACUCUCAGUGAGAAAGCAUUCCUUCCCUACUUAGUUGUGGAGUGGUCUGCAGUGUAAGGUAUUCUUUUGCAGUUUUGCAUAGGUUACUCUCUAGAAAAAUAACACGGUGUAAAUGUAUGUACUAAAAGCUGUAAUUAGUUCUGAUUUGUAGGAAGAGAAUUUUGAACCUCUUGUCUAACAGCAAUAGGAAGUAGAUAAUGUUCUUUGUCCACAUACGGUCUAUUUCCAGCCAUUUAAGGAUGGAUGUCAGUAUUAACCCAGUACUGGUAACAAUGUGCUGUCUGCUUCUCUAUUUAAUGGUUAAAAUGAGUUAAAGUACUACAGUUGUAUUAACUGGAUUUAACAGUGAUGUUACGUAAGAAAAGUUUUGAGUAAAACGUACUUGAAGCAGUUUGUCUCUUGAGAAGAGGAUGUGGUGCAGUAUUGAGCCUUUGAUGUGCACGCAAAGACUCCAGAUUCUGUAAGAGUUCAUGAGCAGGGUGGUGUGGGAGGAAAUAAAACUGCUAGACCAUCCUAAUCCAGUAUUAUCACCCGAUACUGUAUGUGAAUUGGAAAGACCACACUUGUGAUGCUAAGUAAUAAUUUUGUUGGCAGGAAAGAACUAACCUACUCUUCGUAAUUUAUUUUGACUGUGCAGUUAACAAUACAAGUUUGGAAGUUGCAUGCUUCUAAGAAGAUAAAAAUCCAUUUUACUAAUACUGCCAGUUUUGCUACCAAAUGCAUAUAAGGCAUUAAAUAUUUUGGGGGAAGCUUUUUUUUUUUUUUUUUUUCUUUCUCUCCCCUAUCCAGCAAUUCUUUUUAUGCUAGCUUUGUUUCAGUGUACCUGUGUGGACUCAUACACUAUUCCUUUAUGUAAGACCAGCUGUUAUGCCUUGCCAAGUUGUUGUUCAGGAGGUGGGAAAUGGUUGAGUAGCAAGUAGAAUGAUACAAUUUAAACUGGAAGAGUCAACAGUUUAAAAAAAAAAAAAAAACCCAAACAAAAAGCCCCUAAACCCUAAGAUGUAACUUUUGGCAAAUACCCUUUAUGGGCAUUUGUUGGCCGAGUCAAGUUUUGCUGUCCCAGUUAUCAGCAGUGCUUCUUCACAGGGAUAUAAGCCUCGUGUUCCGGGGAGGGGUAAUGCCCAUAUUUUUUUUUAAUAAGUAACUUCCCAAGAACAAUUCAGUUGAGGAAAACAAACAAACAAACUAAACCAAACCCAAACCCAGCCAAACAAAAAGUUAACACUGUUGCCAUUGAUGUUCGGUUUUUUUUUUCCUUUUGCUUGCUGCUUUGAUAUUCCUGACUGAUUGUGUACAGGAGACUGCUAAUAAAGACUGUGUAUGCAGUAUCUUGAAA